GAGUGAGGAGCGGGCCGGAAGGGUCGGAGCGCCCAGAGCCCCCCAGGCCCACUGCGGCGGCGGAGCCGGGAGCGGCAGCGCGCGGCGCCGCCAGUCCGCCCGCCGCCCUCUUCUCCCCGGCGCGGCGGCGGGGAGGCGAGGAGUCUUGUCAGCAGUGCCAGCUCCUUGGGAUUUUGUAUGACACUACAUCAUGAGUGACAGCAAAUGUGAUAGUCAGUUUUACAGUGUGCAAGUGGCAGACUCAACUUUCACUGUCCUGAAACGGUACCAGCAGUUGAAACCAAUUGGCUCUGGAGCCCAAGGGAUUGUUUGUGCUGCUUUUGAUACAGUUCUUGGGAUUAAUGUUGCAGUCAAGAAACUAAGCCGUCCUUUUCAAAAUCAAACUCACGCAAAGAGAGCUUAUCGUGAACUUGUCCUCUUAAAAUGUGUCAAUCAUAAAAAUAUCAUUAGUUUGUUAAAUGUGUUCACACCACAAAAAACUCUAGAAGAAUUUCAAGAUGUGUAUUUGGUUAUGGAAUUAAUGGAUGCUAACUUAUGUCAGGUUAUUCAUAUGGAAUUGGACCAUGAAAGAAUGUCCUACCUUCUUUACCAGAUGCUUUGUGGUAUUAAACAUCUGCAUUCAGCUGGUAUAAUUCAUAGAGAUUUGAAGCCUAGCAACAUUGUAGUAAAAUCAGAUUGUACCCUUAAGAUCCUUGACUUUGGUCUGGCCCGGACGGCAUGUACCAACUUUAUGAUGACCCCCUAUGUGGUAACUCGGUAUUACCGGGCGCCCGAAGUCAUCCUGGGCAUGGGCUACAAAGAGAACGUUGAUAUCUGGUCAGUGGGUUGCAUCAUGGGCGAGCUGGUGAAAGGUUGUGUGAUAUUCCAAGGCACUGACCAUAUUGAUCAGUGGAAUAAAGUUAUUGAGCAACUGGGAACACCAUCAGCAGAGUUCAUGAAGAAACUUCAGCCAACUGUGAGAAAUUAUGUAGAAAAUCGACCAAAGUAUCCUGGAAUCAAAUUUGAAGAACUCUUUCCAGAUUGGAUAUUCCCAUCAGAAUCCGAUCGAGACAAAAUAAAAACGAGUCAAGCCAGAGAUCUGUUAUCAAAAAUGUUAGUGAUCGAUCCCGACAAGCGGAUCUCUGUGGACGAAGCCUUGCGUCACCCCUACAUUACUGUGUGGUAUGACCCUGCUGAAGCAGAAGCGCCACCACCUCAGAUUUACGAUGCCCAGUUGGAAGAAAGAGAACAUGCAAUUGAAGAGUGGAAAGAACUAAUUUACAAAGAAGUAAUGGACUGGGAAGAAAGAAGCAAGAAUGGCGUUGUAAAAGAUCAACCUUCAGCACAGAUGCAGCAGUAAGUAGCAACGCCACUCCUUCUCAGUCGUCCUCUAUCAAUGACAUUUCAUCCAUGUCCACUGAGCAGACACUGGCCUCAGACACAGACAGCAGUCUUGAUGCCUCCACAGGACCCCUCGAAGGUUGUCGAUGAUAAGUUGGAAAGAGCAGAGCUGUUAUCAGCAAAGGAACUCUCACUUUCACGAUCCUGAAAUGUGUGAAAGUCGAUGGAACCAAAUAGAAAAGCCCGGUGUUCUGCAUGUAAGAAACACGAUGCCUUGCCCCUACUCAGUUCCAAUAGGAUUGCCUGCUUAGAUUAUAAGAUGAAGCAGAUUAUGUCUGAAGAAAAAAAACCGAAGCCACACUUUAGAGAUUUUGUUCAAGAUCAUUUCAGGUGAGCAAUUAGAAUAGAUGAAGUUCUCACAAGUUGUAUGGUAACAGUGGUGGCAGUUUCCCAUCAUGCGUAACUGUUGGGUCUUUCAUGCAUGCGACCUCAAAUGCUUGCUUGGACUUGCCCACCUAGCACUUUGGAAAUCCGUGUUUAUAAACCAAAUAAUCUUCCAGUUAGUGUUGCUUCUAGAAUGAUCUCUUUAUCCUCUGAGUCAAUUUUUUGUCUGUCAAGAAAAAAUGGAUUUAUGUGUAUUAAUUGGCCACCAUCAUAUUAUAUAUCUUACCCUCUUUAAGAGAUGGUAUGAUUUAUUCUAUCUUUUGUAUUUCAGAAGGAAUAUAAUUAAAUCUAUUUAAUAAAUAAAAAUACAGCUUUUCUUAAAUUUGUGAUGUUUUGAACUGAGAAUUAUCACUGCUAAAACCAAGACAUUUAUGCGGGCACUGUUUCCUCUAAAUAGUCUGGGACGACUGUACAUCAGCUUUACUGCAUGAUAACAUUUUCAGUUCUGUUUUAUGCUGCUUGAGAGGUGUGCACCUUUGAAUUCCUGUCUACCUUACGUCUUUUUUCUUGGUCUUCUGGACUCCUGAUUAAUUUAAAAUGCUAUCUAGAACUUCACCUUCUUCAUCAGAUGCACAACACACCAUCUCAGUAAUAUGCUGGCAAAUAGAUUUCUGAAUUUUUGGCCUACUGUUAGAGUAGAGCUUCAUAAAAUGGUGUCUCAAGAUCAUUGCAGUCCUUUACCAAAGUGCUUCCUGUGCCAGAGCCCAGCCUGUCCUUUUCACUCCCGUCAUUCAAGGUGAAAUACAAGGUGAUUUCACAAAGCAUCAUUUUCCUUUGCCAACGUCACAUUGUGGCUCAGUUUUUUCUUCGCUGAAAGAAGCUGGGUCAGUCCCCCUUCAUCUGCUUUAGAAGCCGGGCCGACUCAGAAUGCCAUUUGCUGCUGUUGUUUUCCAUCUUAAAGAGACAUUUCUUUUUCUGAAGGAAAAGCCAGGAAUGUUCUGGGAAAACUCUUCAGAGGAAUAUGGGGAAAUACCGUAGAAAGUAGUGAUUCACUGUUGAAUAUUUUCUGAUUUAAAACUGCUCACCUGAAUUGAUACUUUCAGACUUCCUGAUAUGUAAAUGAUUAAAAAUUCUUUAAGAUACUGAGUAUUGCGUGUUACUGCAGAAAUGGAAUUAUGAUUAUCACAUUUUGUCUGUCUGUGCUCAGAAUGUUGAGCUUACUUUGUUACCAAUUCGUAUCUUGUGUUUAAUUGCUUUGGAAGCUAUUUGGUCAGCAUUCUGUAGAAUGUCUUGAAGAGGAGCUUUGAUAAGGAAGUUUAUUAUAAUAAGUACAUGAUCUGCAGUAUAUGAUUCCCAUGUACCAGCUGUAUCUUAAUGGUUGGUCUUACCACUGGAAACUGGAGCCCUGGAUGAACAAAAUUCAUCUUGAAAUAAGAAAGAGUUUUAUAUUGUGUAAUUUAGACACUUUCAAGUACAAAAUGGAAAUGCUAACUUGGAUGGAGGCAGAAGAAACACUUGUUACAUAGUUUUGGAUUACUCAAAUCAGGAGGCCUGCUUUUACAGUUAAGAACGUUUUCACUAUACAUACAUAAACUUCUUACAAUGGCCUUCUCUCUAAUACAUGUUCUUUUAAAAGACUUCACUAAAUCUAUCUUUAAAAAGAAAAAAAAGCAAAGAAAAGAGAGAGUUUAAACUGCAUUGUCUGCCCUACGCGGGGUAGAGGCAUGCUGAUGCUGAGGCUGGGCAGGUCCCACUUGCCAGGCGACAUCUGUGAGCGGAGCAGGAGCCCCAGCAGAGUGGCUUUCUGCGCACCUGCUCCUCUGCACAUCCGGCAGACCUUUGUCACAGAUGAAGCCCGUGCUUGUGUGGACAGGGGCUCCUGCCAGGACCCUCUCCCAUCAGGCAGAGGCACUGCAGCCAGGACAGGCACAGAGCUCUGUAGAAAUACCUCACCCCAAUUUGAGGGCCCGCCCUCCCGAGCCAAGACUAGCCAGGGUCCUGGUGCAACAUAGCGGUUCAAGCUGAUCUCUGUGGAUAAAUGCUGAUGUUGGAUAAAGAACUGAAAAAUGUGCUCAACUUUUUCAUCUUUUCUAUUUUAUUUUUGUAAUUUAUAUUGUACACAACCCUGGAAGUAACUAUUUUGGACUUGUAUUUUUAUAAACCAGGUAAUUUCUGAUUAUCCUGGAAUUUGGGCUGGGUUUGUUUCUUUUGUUGGCUUAGUUUUUAGUCGAAGGGAAGUGACUGCCUCCGCUGUGUCUGGGUCUCAGUUUCUCGUGCAGGUUCCCAAGGGCAGGCAGAACCCCGUCAGGGGAGGAGAGCAGCCAAGAAACACUGGCUGUACAGCGUCCAAUGGCUUUGGGCCUAAAGAUGGAGCCAGGCCUUAUCUUUGGAACAUGAAACUCAGACCCUGAAAGGAGAAAGCCCUCUGCAGGGGCCCUUGCUGACACCCAGGGGCCAUUUCUGAAAGACUGAGUAGGACAGUGGUUUAACGGACUGAAUGCUGUGUACAUCCUGACAACAAUGUAUGAGUUCACCGGUUGAUUUCUGAUGUAACUCCUCUGGUAUUUCACGCGGAUAGUAAAUACAGGUGUGACCUUUCAGAGUGCAUAUCUCAACAGUAACAUUGCCUAAUGUUUUAUAAUAAAAUAUAUUGUGUGUGUUUUGAUUGGUGAAAAAUAAUACAGACUACAUUUUAAAAGAGAAAUGUAUAUAGCUUGUCCAAAUUUGUGUGUUUUUAAGUGUUGUUUGAAUGUAUCUGUCUACAUCGCUUUCUCUGAUUAGUCUUAACAGGAAGAUGGGUAGAUGUUGGAGUGUCAUGAUUUCAGUCAAAAUUCGCAAGCACUUUCAAAUUGAAAGACAAGAAUAUUUCUCUGUUACUUCUCUUACUGAAAAUACUCUGUACAUUUCUGAAUCUUAAGUUUGCAAGCAAAGGUGGUAAGUUUUGAGUUUGAAGCCAUGCAAGUCUAAAAGGGAAUACUUAUUGAUGUCAUUGUUUUCAAGGUGUAACCGGGAGAAUCUGCCAAUCUGUCCUUACUUACAUUACUUAAAAUCACUGACAGUGA